CAAAAUAUAUACAACUGAGCGCUGUUCAAAAGUGGAGACUCCACAAAACACACCAUAUUCGUUGUCGUCAGCCUCCGUUUCCUCGGCAGGCAGAUUCACGCUACCAUACCCUUCUUCAAUUCUUCCCUUAUUCUUAGCAAUUUUUCUCUCCUAGUUCUCUUCAAGAAUGCAUUCCAAUCACUUGCUGCUCGAAGAGCCCAUCAGGAUGGCCUCCAUCUUGGAGCCAUCCAAAGCCAGUUUCUUCCCGGCAAUGACUAAGAUCGUGGGGACACUGGGUCCCAAGUCUCGAUCCAUUGAGGUUAUUUCUGGCUGUCUCAAUGCUGGGAUGUCUGUUGCGAGAUUUGAUUUUUCAUUGGGAGAUGCGGAUUAUCACCAGGAGACUUUGGAGAAUUUGAGGACUGCUAUUAAGAGCUCUAAGAAACUAUGUGCUGUUAUGUUAGAUACAGUCGGUCCGGAGUUGCAGGUUGUUAACAAAAGUGAGAAGGCUAUUUCUCUUAAGGCAGAUGACAUUGUUACUCUGACCUCUGAUCAAGGCCAAGAAGCAUCUUCUGAAGUGUUGCCUAUCAAUUUCGCUGGGUUGUCUAAGGCUGUGAAGAAGGGAGACACCAUUUUUAUUGGCCAAUACCUCUUCACAGGAAGUGAGACUACUUCUAGUUUCUUCCCGGCAAUGACUAAGAUCGUGGGGACACUGGGUCCCAAGUCUCGAUCCAUUGAGGUUAUUUCUGGCUGUCUCAAUGCUGGGAUGUCUGUUGCGAGAUUUGAUUUUUCAUUGGGAGAUGCGGAUUAUCACCAGGAGACUUUGGAGAAUUUGAGGACUGCUAUUAAGAGCUCUAAGAAACUAUGUGCUAGCUCUGCUGGUGUAGAUAGGUCUACAUGGUAG